AUGACAGCAGGACAGUAUAUCGUACAUAUUAAAGAUGCACUCUUCAGGUCAUCGUUGAUGAAAAAAGCCAAGCCAGUGUUCAAAGAAAAGAUUAAGGCCUUUGACAUCAAAUCGGGUGAAAAAUGGGUUAUCUGGGGUCCAGGUAAAGCUAAGUUAAUGAAUAUUUUAGGCAAUAAAUAUUUGUGUGAUCCUCCUUUGUCUCUUCAGUAUGGUAAAAUCAAAGGCAGGCAACUGCGUAUCGAACAAGUUCUGUUCAAGGGUGUUGUGCCAACUGCACAUUUAAGUGCUAGAUAUGAAUAUUUCAAAGACGAUUUUGAUCAGAAUUGCAAAAAAUUCAUAAUAAAUAACGCAAUCGGAUCAAAUGCGGUCUCCUAUGAUGUCGCCACUUCUGAUCGUGUUGUGAAUAUGAUUUUAUAUGAAAAGCUAGUCUCGGAGCUGUUUUUGGAGGACCUUCAAGAGAGAUGGGUCAUGGGAUUAAGUAACGGACAGAUGAGGAGAGCAAGAUUGGCAUACAGCCUACUCAAAGAACCCGACUUACUGUUGAUAGAUGAUCCCUUUCUCGGAUUGGAUCCGACUGCUGCUUCAAUAAUAUCAAAUUUCUUGGCAACAUAUGAUGAAUCCCUCACAUCAGUGGUUAUCGGUAUGAGAUACCAAGAUGAGAUUCCCCCUUGGUGCACACACAUAUGUCAUGUGAAGGAAGAAGAAGGUGUUGUUUUCCAAGGUUCAAUCGAGACAUUCCACAAGGAGAUAAUUUCCAUAAAAAACGAGGUUGAAGCAGCUUCCCGUACCUUGAAAUCGAAUACUUUUACGAUUGAGGAUUUGAUUUCGCCUCAUCCUUGGUUUGGCAAAUCGCAUCAUGAAAUUAUCAAAAUGCCCAACUGCGUGGAAUUGAAUUACGUUGAUGUUAAAUACAAGGGCGAACCUGUCCUCAAGAAUCUAACCUGGAAAGUGAGACCGGGCUCCAACUGGCAUAUCAAAGGUAAUAAUGGAACAGGGAAAUCAACGUUACUGUCUUUGUUAACUGCCGAACAUCCACAGUCGUGGAACUCAAAAAUUAUCGAAAAUGGUGCGCCAAGAAGAAGUGGCAAAGCAAACUACUUUGAUAUUAACAAGAGAAUUGGCAUGUCCGCACCAGAAUUGCACGCGAUUCUACUAAGGAAUGUCGGAAGCAAACAAACUGUCAGAGAAAUAAUUUCCAGUGGGUUUCACGAUGCCUCCUCGAAUAACUUUAUACCGUUGUGGGACAAUCUAGACAAGAAUAAGCGGUUAUUGAUAGAUAUGCUUUUGACCUAUUUUAACAUGAGCACGAUAGCGGAUUCAAUUGUGUUCGGACAGCUUACUGUCAGUCAGCAGAAACUAGUUAUGUUCAUCAGAAGUUUGGUCAAAAUGCCAGAAAUACUGAUUUUGGACGAGGCGUUUUCAGGUAUGGAGAUUGAACCAAUGAUCCGUUGUCAUGAACUACUUGAAGAAUGGCCAGGUACCAUAUUGGCAGUAUCUCAUGUCGAGGAAGAAACGCCAAAAUGCGAUUAUACUUUGAGACUGAUUGCGCCAGGCCAGUUCGAAAUAAAUGAUCAGAACAACAAUCUCUAA